UCGCGCCCGCUGUUCCUCUCUCGCUACUGAACGGCGUGCUCUCUGGUCGCAAGCUCUUGGUGAGACCGUCGUUGCAUCCCCGCAAUGUUCGAGAAGAGCGGCAGGCACCGUCAUGGCCGCGACCGCUUGGCGAAGCCCGCCAUGUACGACCCCGCGGACACCGAAUGGGGUAUCCUUAGCCCUCGGCCGCUGAACCGCUGGACGAAACGACGGCCCACAAAACGCAUGCUCGUGCUGUUCGUGUGCAUAUUCGUUGCGUGUGUGUACGGCGUGCGCGUCUGGAGGGAACGUCAGUACCUCGAGGAGCAGCGGGUGCUUGCAGAGCAGAGGCAGCAGGGGCAGAUGAGGCACCAAGAGACGAAGCAGAAGGCGGAACAGCACAAAGAGGAGAACGUAGAAAAGCCGAAAGCGGAGAGUCAUUGGGAUGAAUGGCCAAAUCCACCGCUGUUUGGCAAGUACCACCGGGCAGAGCUUGCCCUGCCACAGCACCAUGUCGCCGAUCCUUUUGCGAAUGGCAAAAAGUACUUAUGGGUAGAGAACCAUGUACACGGCCUCGGAUGGGGCAACUAUAUGCAAGAUUUGGUCUUUAAUGCUCAACUGGCAUAUCGCACAGGUAGAGCCUUCGUCUUUGACAACUAUACGUGGAAUCGGGAUGGUUCAGAAUACACGGAUUACAAUGGGAAGCUGAUACCCUCACAGAUCCCUCUGUCGGCUCUAAUUUCAAGUCCACUUAAUGGCGGACCAUUCUUUGAAAAUGACACAAAACUGCGGGCUAUUCAACGAGAAUAUUGGCACAAAAUCUGCCCCGAGCCUGUCAUGGUCUCGACCUACGAUGUCAAGAAGCUCUACUCCGAAUCUGAGCCAACUGCCCUCACGAUUUUAGAGACGUGGGCAGAUCAUCUCAGCAAGAUUGACGAGCCGUGCCUAGCGAUUGACGGAUAUACCGAGCGUAUUUUCGACAUGUACUUGUACGGCCAAAAAGGGCGUCUCCUGGAUAUCUGGCCGGUUCUCUCGGAAUCGCCCAUUGUAAAGCUCUACGGCUACUCCCCACUCAUUCACUCCGCCUUUGACGUCAAUCGGGAUCUAUUCACGACGAUCCCGAUACAGGAGCCCUACUUCCCUUGCUCAGCAGCUCCUGGCGAAUCCACCAAGGAUGCUCUACAGCCACAACCACUUGCACGAUGCUCCGAUCCCUACCAGCCUAUUCCUGGCCUUCUCGCUCUGCACUUACGCCGAGGCGACUUUGUUGAUCACUGCCAGCAUCUUGCCCGCUGGUCUUCGGCAUGGAUGGGCUUCAAUUCCUUCCCAUCUUUCCCGGACCAGUGGGUGAAACCCGAGGGCGGUGGUUGGGGCGAGACGACCGAAGAGAACAUGGCUCUGUACUUGAAGCGCUGCUACCCGACCAUCGAGCAGAUUGUCAAGCGUGUAGACGAAAUCAGACAGCAUCCAACAUCAAAAGGCCUGAAGGAUGUGUACAUCAUGACGAACGGCAAGCCGGAUUGGGUGAAUGAGCUCAAAGCGGCGCUUAGAGACAUGGGCGGGUGGGACAAGAUUGCGAGUAGCAGGGACAUGACGAUCAAUGCGGAGCAAAAGGAGGUGGCGCAGGCAGUAGACAUGAUGAUUGGCGAACGGGCACAGGUGCUCGUCGGCAAUGGGUGGUCGAGUAUGACAUCUAACAUCGUCAUGAUGCGUAUGGUCAGAGGGAUUCUCCCAGAGACGAACCGUUUCUUGUAACUGCGGGCAGCGAUCUGCGUUCUUGUUUUGGUUCAUCACUAUUCUCCCGGAGCAUCGCAUAUUUCGGUAUUUACGG